AUGAGUCGUAAACACAAUAAUUUGAAAAAAAUCAAGUCUCUGUGCUAUUUAACAUUAGGGGGUUCACUAUCGUAUCAAUUUAUUUAUUACAAAAAAGACUUUAAUGGGUACUAUGACAAUAUUCUCCAGCCGUUGAGCCAAAGGCUUAACCCAGAAUGGGCUCAUAAACUAGGUGUUUUUGCAAUAAAGUAUGGCUUUUUCCCUUCUGAAGACUACAAAGACCCCAAAGUUCUUAAAACCAGGUUCUUGAAAUACGAACUUAAUAAUCCAAUUGGGAUUGCAGCAGGAUUUGAUAAACAUGGUGAUGCAAUAACAGGAUUAAGGAAUAUAGGUUUUUCUAUUGUAGAAAUUGGUUCAGUGACACCUGAACCUCAACCAGGUAAUCCCAAACCUAGAGUAUUUAGACUUCCAGAAGAUGGUGCUGUUAUAAAUAGAUAUGGUUUUAAUAGUGAAGGACAUAAGGAAGUAUAUAAUAAAAUUCAUAAUCUAGACAAAGCUGUACUGCAAAAUGGGUUAUUAGGUAUUAAUUUAGGCAAAAAUAAAACAUCAAAUGAUGCAGUUCAUGACUACACCUUAGGAAUCAAGCAAUUCUAUAAAAUUGCAGAUUACUUUGUGAUAAAUGUUAGCAGUCCAAAUACUCCUGGAUUAAGAUCACUGCAAAAUAAAGAAGAAUUACAAAAACUAUUGUCCGAGGUUAAUAAAACUUUAAAUUCAUUGCAAAUAGAGAACCGGCCACCUCUUCUUUUAAAAUUAGCACCAGAUUUAUCUUUAGAAGAAAUUCAAGACAUAGUCUCUGUAAUUACUCAAACACAGAGCAAAAUAGAUGGACUUAUAAUCUCCAAUACUACAAUUGAAAGGCCUUUACUAACAAAUCAAGAAUUUUCUAGAGAAACAGGAGGUCUUAGUGGCAAACCACUCACAAAUAAAUCUACAGAAAUGAUCAGAACAAUGUAUAAACUAACAAGAGGUACCAUACCAAUAAUAGGUGUCGGGGGAGUAUUUACAGGAAAAGAUGCUUAUGAAAAAAUAUUAGCUGGGGCAAGUGUAGUACAAAUAUAUACAGCUCUCAUUUAUCAUGGACCCCCUGUUGUCACCAAGAUAAAAUCAGAACUAGCACAAUUAUUAAUAAAAGAUGGUUACAAUGAUGUUAGUGCAGCUGUUGGGAAAGGUGUAAAA